CUGUCAAGCAAACGAGCAGCAUCACACCAAGCAGUUAACUAGAAAAAGUUGCGCAUACGCAUUAGAUACAGUUGAAAAAAAAAAGAAAACUAAAUACAAAUAUUUUGAAAAGACAUUUGAAGUGAAGUGUUAGUGCUUAAACCAACGGAUUAUUAUAAGCAACAUGGCUGUAUCAGCGCUCAACAUGACACCCUAUUUUGCUGGAUAUCCCUUUCAAGGACAAGGACGCGUCAAUCAGCUUGGCGGCGUCUUCAUCAACGGUCGUCCGCUGCCCAAUCACAUACGCCGCCAAAUUGUGGAAAUGGCCGCCGCUGGAGUGCGUCCCUGCGUCAUCUCCAGGCAGCUGCGUGUCUCCCAUGGCUGUGUGUCCAAAAUACUGAAUCGCUUUCAGGAAACGGGCUCCAUACGCCCCGGCGUCAUUGGCGGCAGCAAACCACGCGUAGCUACGCCCGACAUUGAAGCCAGAAUCGAGGAACUGAAGCAAACACAGCCCGGCAUCUUCAGCUGGGAAAUACGCGCCAAGCUCAUCGAGGCGGGCGUUUGCGACAAACAGAAUGCGCCUUCGGUUAGCUCCAUUUCCAGACUGCUGCGCGCCACCUCCGGCUCUGGCGCCGGCAACAGCUGCCACAGCAUUGAUGGCAUUUUGGGUGGCGGCGGCUCCGCUUCAGCAGGCAGCGAGGAUGAAAGCGAGGACGACACCGAGCCCAGCGUGCAGCUGAAGCGCAAGCAGCGUCGCUCUCGCACCACCUUCUCCAAUGAUCAAAUCGAUGCUCUGGAGCGCAUCUUUGCGCGCACUCAAUAUCCCGAUGUCUACACCCGCGAGGAGUUGGCCCAGAGCACUGGCCUAACCGAGGCACGCGUGCAGGUUUGGUUCUCCAAUCGUCGCGCUCGUCUGCGCAAACAGCUCAACACACAGCAGGUGCCCAGCUUUGGUGUCAACAAUGCAGCUGCAGCUUCCUAUGCUGCCACCAACAGCAGCAGCAGCAGCAGCAACAGCGGCAACAUCUAUAGCACACAAUCCUGGCCAGCCAGCGCCAGCUAUGAAACGCAUGCAGGCUACAGCGGCUCUGUGGCCUCCAUGUCGCCUGCCAGCAGCUCCAGCGGCAGCUCCGCCGCGCACAGUCCCGUGCAAAGUCAACCCAUUGCUGCCGCCGUCUCCAGCAACAAUUUCAUGAACUCCGCUUAUGCCAGCAGCAGCAGCGCUGCUUACACCAAUGCCAGCUCUGCCGCCGCCUAUGCCAUGCCCACAGCCGCCUCCUCGGCUGAGCAGCUGCGUUCGCAGUUCGCCAGCGCUGCUGCCUCCGGCUCGCAUCAUGCUUCCUCCUGGGACAGCUACAACUUUGCCGGCUCCUUCUUUCCCAGCGCCAGCAGCCAGCACAUGGGCAGCUACCAUCAGUCCAGCCAGCCAGCCGCGCCUGCCUAUCCCUACUUUGGCUUCUAAGCCAGCGUCGCAUCACUCCCGCUACAAUUCCCAGUUUUAAGUUAGUUGCAUUUAAUUUUUUUAUAGCUGCUGCCUUUUCUAUUGUUUUUACUUCGACUGCUUGUAGUUAUAGAUUAAGUUAAGCAACUAAGACUGUUUAGUUUAAGUUAUCAUGUUAUUAAU